AUGCUAAGUGAUGAUAUUGAUGUUGCUGAUAGGCUUACAGUUGUUUAUUAUCAAAUAAGAUUUCAAGAAAUAUCAAGUUUAAUUGAAAAUAUUAUUGUCAAUCAACCAUUUCAAUUAAAUGAACAAAAAAAUUCAUUAUUUAAAACAAUAAUUACAUUAACAAUAUUUCAACCAAAUGAUCAUUGUUGGAAAACAAAUCUUUUUCUUGAACCAUUAUCACAUCGAUUUUGGAAACUAACAUUAAAAUAUAUUGUUCGAUUUCGUUAUGGGAUUGAACAAUUUAAUAUUAAAACAAUCGAUACAAAAUUUCUUGUAAAUCUUUAUGUUGAUCUUCAAACAUUUGUAAUGAAUAAACCAUCAAAUAGUAUUCUUGCAACAUUUCGUCAUUUACAAGCAUUUUCUAAUGAUUAUAGUGAUACUAUAUUAACUGAAGAUGAAUGUAAACAAUUUCAAAUAAUAGCUAUGGAAGAAAUUACUAAAAAUUAUUAUGAAUUAUGUUCAGAGAUCUUAUCAUCUGUUCGAAAAAUGGAAGAUAGUAUUCAACGUUUAAGACGUGUUCGUGAAUCAUCUAAAGCUUUAUCAAGUAUGACACAAAGUAUGACAACUUCAUCAACAGCUUCAUUGACAGAUGACAAUAAAAUUCGUAUGCAAAUUCAACAUGAUGUUAAUGCAUAUACUACUGAACUUAAAAAUCUCGAUAUUCAAAUUGAAUCAUCGAAUAAAUUAACUAUUCUUAAUGAAGAAAGUCGUUUACAAAUUUAA